AUGUGGGAGAGAAAGGGCAGAACCAUGAGCCCCAGCGGCAGCAGGCGGAGCAGGAGAAGGAGGAGCGCAGCCUCCUGGGCCGUGCCGUCCACGUCGGUCGCGCCCGGAGAGGCCACCGGCGCAGCGCAGUCGGUCCAGCCGGGCUGCCAGCGCCUGAGCAUCAAGGGCAACGUGUACAACAGCAAGGACGAGCUCAUCGUCGGCGUGCUGGGUAUGCUGGACCAGCUGGGCGGCAGCGAGGAGGAGGCGCGCAGGGCGCGGUGGCUCCUCGCCGACCUGGCCGAGCGCCACCCGAGGUUUGCGGCCUCGGGCGGCCUCCCGGCGCCGCUGGAGGCCGUGGGCGUGAGGCAAGCAGGGCCCGGGGAGGACGCGCGCGGCCGGCUGCUGAUCCAGAGGCAUCGACGGCCUCGGCCUGGCAGCGCCGCCCUUCGGGUGGCGGCCCGGCGGCCCCUGACGCUCGCCGGCCUCGACGAGGUGGCCGUGCGGUGGCAGGAGUGCGUGCAGGCCGCGUGGCCCGAGGGACCCUUUGUUCUGCCGCCCGUCACGGAGCCAGCGGCGCCCCCGGCGGAUGCGUACCCAGACGUGCCUGCCUACGACAGCGAUUGCCAAGGUGGCCCGAAGGAGUGGAACGAGAGGGACGCCGAGGCGGCCCCUGGAGGCCGAUACCGGGGAAAGACCGUCGCGUCGGACGCCCCGGGGUUGCGUGGCCCCGCCCGCCCAUCCCCGGGCCAUUGGGGGAAGAAGACGCGGGGCAUCUUCGAGUCGCUGCCGACCGCGGCCGCCGCAAACAUCGACUGCCUCCUGCAGUUCCUCCACGUGCGCGUGGACGACGAGGACCAGCCCCUGCUGUCGCGGCUCGGGCGCCCGGACAGGCACGAGGACGGAUGGUUCCGGCUGCACUGGCUCCAGAUGAGCCUGGACGAGAUGGACAGGCUGAAGAGCGAGGGCUGGUGCCGGGCGUGGCACGGCUGUAAAUUGGAAUCCUUGAACUCCAUCAUACAAAACGGGCAGCUCCUCGAGAGCCGAGACGAGGGUUUCGGCGAAAGGCUCCUGACGGGUAUGCCUGGAGUCUACGCGCACAGGGACGGGCUGAGCCAGAAGGCGGAGAACUACCUCCGGUUCGCGCCCCUCUGCGGCGACGGCGUCUUCUGGGCCGCCAAGUGGGAGCUGCUGGUCAACCGUGCGGAGGCCGUGCCCAAAAGGGUCAAGACCGAUCAGUGGGUGCACCCGUCCAAGUCCGUGCGGCUCGUGGCCCUGUGGCUCUGCGGCCGCACGGCCGCGGAGAUGAACGACGGCGAUGCCGUCGCCAGGCGCUGGGACCCCAAGAUGGAGGCGGACCCGCUGGCUUUCGGCCUGAGGGCCAGGGUUGGCCCUCAGGCGGCCAGCCCUCCGCCGGCCAUCACCAACGGCGACGGCGCCGCGGACAGGUGCCCCAGGAAGGCGGGGGCACCCCUGCUGCUCCAGGACAGGCACGCGAGGGCCCUCCUCAAGUUCAAGCUCAGGACGUCCAUGGCUGUCAGGAAGGGCGCGGCGCAGGUACUGCGAGUGGGGGACCUCGCGGGCGGCCUGCCUGGACAGAAAGUCGACGGCUCGAUUGCCGUGCCAAGCCCAGGCUGGGCAGCCUAG